UCUGCAUGCUGUUCCUCAUCUCUAAACUUCUCCAGAACUUCUAGAAUUCAUUUCGAGAUCUUUACUUUUGGAUGCAACGCCUCUCGAGUUUAUUUCUGAAUGGAGCAGCCACUGAUGCCUCGGGAAUCUGGCCAGUAUGUGGCGGAGCGGAGCCGGGACGUGUUUGUGGACGAGGAAGGUGUUAAGAAGGUGGCAGAGAUGCUCUACAUGCUAAGAGACAGCGAGGCUUUCACGGCCACUGGCUGGAAGAUGAUGAACCCACUUGCUCCCUCUCCGGACACAGAUGAAGCCAUUAACUGGGUGUUUGUGACCGACACUAUGAACUUCUCCUUCUGGCCUGAUAGAGAGGACCAGCAGUGUGAAGUGAACUACAGAGGAACCACAUAUCGUGGCUACAUGUCGCUGUGUGCAGCCAUCACCAGGGCUAUGGACGAGGGUGUGCCUAUCACCGACCCUGCCUACUUCUCCCAGAUGAGCGAGGCUGACUUGGCGCGUAUCCUUCGGUCAGAUAAUGACACACCCAUGCCCAUGCUGAAGGAGCGUCACGAGGCCCUCACCGAGGCUGGCCGUGUGCUCCUGCAGCAUGGCGGAUCUUUCCGGAGCUUCAUAAGCCACGGGCAGAAUGAUGCUGAGAAAAUGGUGCGGUAUAUUGUGGAUAACAUACCCUCCUACAGGGACGAGGCCACCUUUGAGGGCAAGAGGAUUUCCUUCUAUAAGAGGGCUCAGAUCCUGGUGGCGGAUUUCUGGGGGAUCAUGCAGGCCAGAGGUGAGGGGAACAUACCCAACCUGGACUACCUGACCAUGUUUGCUGACUACAGAGUGCCACAGGCCCUCGUCUACCUGGAGGCGCUACGCUACUCAGAUGCUCUCAUGGAGGCACUGAAAAAGGGUGAGUUGCUGAGUUCAGGUGAGCGGAGAGAAGUGGAAAUUCGUGGCUGUUCAAUCUGGUGUGUGGAGAAAAUCAAGAAUCACCUGUGGCAGCUUGUGAGGGAAAGAGAUGGGAAGAGCUGUGACAUUAACUCGGCUCUCAUUGACUUUUACCUGUGGCCUUAUGCAAAACAACACCAUGGAGAGAUGGCUCAUGUUCCCAUACACCACACGCGCUGUAUAUAUUAUUGAAACGUCUACAGACGUUACAUUUUUAAAAAUAAAUAAAUAAAAAUAUCUGAUAAGCA